CGGCCGGCGACAAGGCGCGUGCGCGGCGGUGUGGACGGUUUCCUCCUCUGCUUCCCCCGACCCCGCCCGCUGCGUGCACGGCGGCCGGCGAGCAGGGGGGUGGGUUGAGGGGCGGCGGCGGCGCGGCGACCUACUCCGCUUGCCUCCAUCUGGGUGCUGGAAAGAUCAUAAAUUUUGGGACAAGAAAGAGACAAAAUGGAGCCAUCAUCACAACCUCAACCUGCAAUCGGUGUUGUUGCUGGUGGAUCACAAGUGUACCCUGCAUACCCCCCUGCAGUGACAGCACCUGCAGCUCCUGCUGUCAUUCCUGCCAGUUCACAGCCUGCACCACCGUUCCCUGCCAACCCAGAUCAACUGAGUGCUCAGCACCAGCUCGUCUACCAGCAAGCACAGCAAUUUCACCAGCAGCUCCAGCAGCAGCAACAGCGGCAACUCCAGCAGUUCUGGGCUGAACGUCUGUCCGAUAUUGAGCAAACUACUGACUUCAAGAACCACAGCUUGCCACUUGCUAGGAUAAAGAAGAUCAUGAAGGCUGAUGAGGACGUUCGCAUGAUCUCCGCAGAGGCUCCUGUGAUCUUUGCGAAAGCAUGUGAGAUAUUCAUACUGGAGUUGACGCUGAGAUCAUGGAUGCACACAGAGGAGAACAAGCGCCGGACCUUGCAGAAGAAUGACAUCGCAGCUGCCAUCACCAGGACUGACAUGUAUGACUUCUUGGUGGAUAUAGUUCCCAGGGAUGAUUUGAAGGAGGAGGGAGUUGGGCUCCCUAGGGCUGGGUUGCCACCCUUGGGUGUCCCUGCUGACUCAUAUCCAUAUGGCUACUAUGUGCCACAGCCGCAGGUCCCAGGCGUGGGAAUGGCGUAUGGUGGCCAGCCGGGUCAUCCGACGUAUCUGUGGCAGGAUCCUCAGGAACAACAGGAAGAGCCUCCUGCAGAGCAGCAAAGUGAUUAAGUGUCACUCUGAACUGAAUUAAGAAUAUAUGAUCAAUGUCAGUUGCCCAGAAGCUUACCACCUGAUUCAGAAUUCUUCGUUUUAGCCAGGUCGUCGUCAAAAUUUCUUCAGGUUUUCAUUAGCUCAUGUCAUCGGUUUUGUGUUGAAACAGGCGAUUCUGAAUUCAUGAAUAGGAUUAGGAUUUUCUUAUGGUAGUCCCACUUCUGCUGCGGUGUCGGUGAUAAGGAUUUAUGAUAUAAGACUAAUGGGCUUCAGUUGCUAUACCGUUUUCCUGUCAAAUCAAAAGUUGGCCUCUAGGAGGCCUUGGAUAGAAUCAAGUGUCAUCGAAACUGUUGAACUGUCUGUGCGUGUAUGCUCUG